CGCGGCUCGGCCAUGGCGGCGGCCGUGGAGCAGCGCCUCGCCCAAUUCCGCGCCGCCCGUGGCAGCGCUGCCGCCGCUGCGCGCCCCGCCGAGGGACCGCGGGCAGCUGCGGUGGGCCCGGGCGGCGGCGCUCAGGUCCGCCCCGGCGCGGCGGCGGCUCCGGUGUGGGCGCGCCCGUUGCUGCUGAAGGUGCUGCUGUGGGCCGUGCUGCUGGCGCUGUUCGCGGAGCUGGAGCUCGGGCUGCCCUUCUUCGUUCUCUCCCUGCUCUACUGGAUGUAUGCCGGCACCCGCGGCCCCGCCGAGCGGCGGCCCGGCGAGCUCAGCGCCUACUCCGUCUUCAACCCCGGCUGUGCCGCCAUCGCCGGGACGCUGACGGCCGAGCAGCUGGAGCGGGAGCUGCACUACCGGCCCGCCGCGGGCAGGUAGCGCCGGCCCGSCGGGGACUGCGCUGUGCCAGGCCGGGACAGCCGCCGCUCCCCGAGGUUGUGGGGAGGAAACUGCGUUUGUUCCUAUACAAAACCGCUCGAGCCUUACUGCUGGCCCGUKUCCCUGGCGCCGGCCGGUCCCGAAUAAAGCCGUAGCAAAGCCUGCGCUCUGGUCUCGUUUCCUGGGGCCGGGCAGCUGUUUCGGCCGCUGUGGAGCGGCCCCGAGAGGCACGGCCUUGGCACGGCUGCAGCUGCCAGCUGGAGGGUUUCAGCUCCCGAAAGCUUUGCACAGGUGACAGAAACGCUGGUGUUUGAUGACACCUGCAGUAGAAAGGCCCACUGCUGCUCUUCCCUGCACCGGCUGGAACUUUCGUUCUGAAGAAAAGACGUGAAGCAAUAGCCUUAUACCUGAGAGGCUGCUGCUUUGGUUUGCAGUGGUGUCUUUMAUAUAACACUAACGGAUUGUAAUUCCCUGUUUGCUUCAUAUUACACUUUUCAUAAUUUGUAAGCCAAAAAGACUUAUUCCUGGCAGGUGGUUUUUGUGAUCCACUGCCGUUUUUAAUACAUAGAUCAUUGCAUUGAGCCAGACCUGCCCMGCAAAGUGGUAGUGACCGCUGCUCAGAGCAUGUAAAAAACACGUGGAUGUGGUACUUGAGAUCAUGUUUUAGCGUUGAACAGGGUGGUGAUGCUACAUUGACAGUUGAACUUAAUGAUCUUAAAAGUAUUGCCGAACCGUAACGAUUUUUUGAUUCUAUGAAAAUUUCAGUCAUGAUUUUGAGGAGCAGCUGCUGCUAGAACUUGUGUCUAAAAGUUUUAUCCACUUUGUGGAUAAAAGUUGAGAAGUCACAAAGUGGUCUUUCAAAUCCUCUGCCAUUCCAUGUCCUUUCUAAUUUAACAGUUAAACACAGUCUUAAGGCUUAACUCACCACAAGUUUCAUCAUUGUAGAAAUAAAAGAAAGGUGCUGUGAAUUUAAUUGAACUAGUAAGAGAAUAAUASAUUAAAGCACAUGUAAUAUAUUAACAGGGCUAAGCAUCUCUCAGUAGCUCUCCACAGCAUUCUCAUAGCAUCCCUCUGUGGGCUGUGGACAUAAKGUCAUAAAUACCAAAUGCUGCUAUUUAAAGGAAAACACAGAAUUUUAUCAUUUGUACAUAUUUCRGCAUCCUCCAGUGAAACUCCCUCAGAGUUUUCACUAUUCUUACUGAUUUCUUUUGCCUCUACAACAUGCUGCAUUUUGGAUUYGACUGUGAUGUUUCCCCACAAGGACCACAAACUCUGAAUCUUUCCAUCCUUGAAAAGUAUUCUAAUUACAGGAUAAGAAGUCAGAUGAUACCCAAAUCUGUAGGCAAUGAUAUUUUGUUGAGUUGAAACUUUAUUCACAAUGAUAAAAAUAAACAUCAGCACAGUAUUUAUGAGGAGUUGAUAAUCUGACAUCUUGUACAGUUCAGUGAGUAUUUUUUUAAAACAAGGAAAUACAUGCAAAUAAAUAUUAAAUACAAGGUAAGAUCCAUGAAAUUAUAAAAAUUCAUAGCAGCAAUGCUGAAAAUAAAGUUUUCACUUGCUAUAAACUAGUUGCAUUAUGUCCAGGUGGAUUCAUAGACUGUUGUAUUUAAUGCUUCAUGAAACAAGUUACCACAAUAAGUAAGCAUGAAGCCAAAAGGCACAAGAAAUAAAAACACAGUUCAUCUGUUCC